GUCAUAACGGGUGAUGUUUUGGGUUUCUGUUUGGGUAGAAGUGUCACCAACAUUGAGCAAUAUUCAACAAUAUUUUUUUUAAAAUGGGAAGUUCACAGAGUGCUUUUACGGAACAAGAACUUGAAGACUACCAAACUUUGACAUAUUUGACAAAGAAAGAAAUUUUGCAUGUUUUCAAGCGAUUCUCUGCCCUUUCCCCAGAUGUGGUGUCAAAGAACAAAAAUGUCAAACUUGAAAAAGACGUUGUACUUAAACUUCCAGAACUUGAGGUGAACCCAUUUCGAGAGAGAAUCUGUGAGGUGUUUUCUUCUGCUGGAGAUGGUGGUCUGACCUUUGAGGAUUUUUUAGACAUGAUGUCGGUAUUCAGUGACCAAGCACCCAAGAACGUCAAAGUGGAAUAUGCAUUUAGAAUUUAUGAUUUUGACAGUGAUGACAUGCUGUCGAGCAAUGACCUAAAGAAAGUGGUUGAGAAGCUGACUGGCAGCCAGCAGAAACUGGAUGAUGAAGACAUGCAGCAGCUCAUUGAUAAUAUUUUAAGUGAAGCAGAUCUGGAUGAUGAUGAAUCCUUGUCGUUUGCAGAAUUUGAGCAUGUUAUCUCAAAAGCUCCUGAUUUUGUCAAUUCAUUCCGGAUCCGACUUUGAGAGCAUCAGCAGAGAUUGAAAAACAAUAUUACAAACUAUUUCCUUUUAUAAACUUUUAUAAUAUGGUUUAUUCAUUACAUAUAUCAAGAAUAGCAGGUGGUUUUAGAACAAAGAAAUGCAUAUUUGGGUUUGACACAAUCAGAUAUAUUUUUAAAUAUUAAAUAUAUAAAACUAAUUCCUUGGUGUGCAUGUAACCUCCUGCUAAUGUAUUAUGUUAGUUUAUGUUUACUUUAACACAACUAACUCAUGACAAUUCACCCAGAAUUACUUUUAUCCAAAUCAUAUACUGUCAAUUAGGGAAUGUUAAGAGAACAUAACAUUUUAGCUAAUUUAGCAAGGCCAUCAAAAAUACUAUUUCAUGACACUAAAUAUAAAGGGACAUUCAAAGAAAAACUUCUGAAUGUAUGUUUUGUCAGUGAUUAAAGGGACAAACCCUAGUUUUUAAACACUACAGCAUAUUUUACACUGUUAGAGCCAUUUAUGAUCACUGAAAUCAAACAUUACUUAUAUUUUAUUGUUUAGAUUAUCCAUUCCCGUAGAACC